AUGUCGGACGAAGACUUUUCGGAUAACGAGUCGGCAAUCUCUAUCCGCGACGGAACGACGUACCUGGGAUUCGUGGAUGUGCCCAUCUCAGAAGAAGAGAAGCCAACCAUAGAGGAUACUUUUAUCGGUGGCGAGCCUCUGUGGCUCGACUCAAGAUCACCACCUCAAGAGGACCUCCUAUUGUGCAAGUCGUGCACUUCGCCAAUGGCGCUGCUGCUACAGAGCUAUGCCAAUCUUGAAGCUACCUACUACGAUAGAGUACUCUAUGUUUUUGCGUGCAAGAAGCCUGGAUGUAGGCGGCAAAACGGCUCAGUCAGAGCUUUACGUGCUGUGCGCAAAGACCCCAAAGCCAUGGCUAGUUGGCAAGAACAGGUGGAAAAAAAGGCUCCCGUCGAAGCCACGCGUUUCGACAUUUCGAAGGAGAUUUUUGGUAGUUCUUCCAACCCGUUCACGUCUGACACGCCUAACCCGUUUUCCAGUUCGGCGAAUCCUUUUGCGCAACCAGAGCCCAAGCAAGAAUCGAUAUCAGAGCCAAAGACGGAAACAAAGGAGACGCAAUCAACUGCCAAAUCUGACACUCCAGCCAAGACUUACGCCUCCGUGGCAAGUAGCGGAGUGAAGCCCAAGCCAAAGCCGAAGCCACUCAGCGUUAAGUUGCCCUCUCACCCAGGCUAUAUUCUCUAUAUGGAUGCUGAAAGUCUCAAGCGUAAACCAGUCGAGGCUCCAAUCGGCCAGAUCGACGAAUCGGCUCUUGACACAGAAGUUGAGGCCUCAAAUGCUCAACUGAACCCACUCGCAAAACAAAUGGCAGACAUGUUGGACGAUUCACAAUUCCAGAAAUUCUCCAGCAAAGUGGCCCAUAACCCACAUCAGGUGCUACGGUAUGAUCUCGGUGGAAAACCACUAUUGUAUUCUUCUGGAGACUCAGUCUCCAAAUUGUUCUUGGACAAAAAAGGAAGAUGGCGUGACGAGUUUCUGCUUGCAAGACCAGGUUUCAACCCAAGUGGUCAGCGGCGCUUUGAGCUGCAAUUAAUGCCCAAGGCCAUCAUUGAUCUUGAAUCAGAUCUUGAGAACAUAGAUGAAGGAAUGGAAUGGGGUACAAUUGUGGUUUGCACAGAUGUGGAGGAUACAAUGCCGGAGUUGGAUGAAAACCAUGUUGGUUAUGUUGAGGAAUAUUGUGGUGUUCAAUGGGAGGAGGAAGUGAAAGGUGGUGAGCAGUAG